AUGGAUGAUCCCCCUACGCGCGUGCUCGCCAACGGAGAGAUACUCAACUACACCGCGCUGGCCAACACUUCUGUGAUGACGCUGCAGAAGAACACGUUGUACUCUGUCGGUUACGAGUCAAGACUCGAAGAGAGACUUGGAGUUGCCAUGCUCGUCGCUAUGUUUGCAUUACCGAUCCUAUUGACCUUGGUCCAAUACCUCCCCUUCAUGACGGGCGUCUCAGCGAAGAUCAAGCCCUAUCUCAUUUGGCCUUCCGUCAUUGGAACUUACCAAGUCCGCCCUCUUCCAUUCCUGCUCGGCAACAGUCCGACUGUUGGACAGGCACUCUACGUUGCCGUGUUUGUCAUUCUCAACAUCGUACUCACCGCCGUAGACUACAGGGUUGCAAUUCCGCAUGCCUGGUACGGCAACGAGACGUACUAUGCAGUCAUGGCAUAUGUGAUGUGGCGUACGGGUGAAUUUGCCCUCCUCCUUCCUCUCGUCAUAAUCUUCUCUGGGAGGAACAACAUCCUCCUGUGGCUCACCAAUUGGUCGCACUCUACGUAUAUGCUGCUGCACCGUUGGGUCGCUCGUGUUUUUGCCAUCCACGUCAUUCUACACUCCAUCCUCGCGUUAGUGUUGUAUGUCCAUACAGGCAGCUACGAGACGAACUACUAUCUGCCAUGGUGGAUCUGGGGCAUUGUCGCCACCCUCACAACCUCCAUCAUGUUGGUUACCAGCGGCCUGUAUGUGCGUCGUCGGUCUUAUGAACUCUUUCUCAUCACACAUAUCAUCCUGGCUAUCUUCACCAUCGUGGGCACAUGGUAUCACAUCUGGUAUUGCUUCCAGUGGCUCGGCAACUAUCAACAGCCUAUGUACGCCGCUUGCGGAGUGUGGUCCUUCGACCGGCUUAUGCGCGUGAUGCGAAUCCUCAAAACGGGCUUGCGCGGCGCUCGCAUCACCGAGAUUGGAGAAGGCUAUGUUCGCAUCGACAUUCCUGGUGUCCGCUGGGGUGUCGAGCUUGGAAGAACGCCUACGCCUACUUCCCAACGCUCCACAAAUGGCGCCCAUGGGAGAAUCACCCAUUUCCGUGCUUCCGACAGCGAUGCUGCAGUCCCAACCCGAACUGGGUCGCACCGUGGAGACGAUGUCGAAAAGGACGUGAUCUCCACUGUGGGCCACGCUCUCUCGAUCAAAGAAGAGCGUAACAUCGGUGUGACCUUCUUUGUCAAGAAGUCGACCGGCUUGACCCGAAGUCUUGCUGCGCACGAUGACUUGCUCACCUUGCUGGAUGGUCCUUAUCCCAAUACCUCGACCGCCUCAAUCCUGCGCACCGAUCGCUUGCUGAUCAUCUCGGGCGGCAUUGGAAUCACCGGCAUGCUUCCCUGGAUCAACGCACAUCCCAACGUCAAGCUGUGCUGGAGCGUGAAGAAAAGUGCAGAUUGUCUCGUACAGGCUCUAGAUGUUCCUAUCCAGGGCGUGGCAGACAAGGAAAUCAGAAUCGGGUCACGGGCGAACAUCCAUUCGUUGUUGAACAGCGAGAUCGAAGCCGGAUGAAAGAGAGUUGGUGUCAUUGCUUGCGGUCCUGGUGGACUUUGCGACGAUGUCAGGGCUGCUGUUUGUGCCGCUGCCAAAGGUCCAACGGCAUUUGAGCUAGAGGUCGAUGCUUAUUCUUGGUAAUGCUCCUAUCGUUCCAGUGCACGGCUUACAGUUGAAGAAUUCAGUCCUGUGGUUUGCAAUAUCUGAACAAGGUACGCAUUGCAGAACAAGUAACGU